UCAUUUUACUUGUCAUAUUCUGUUAUAAAGGUAUAUUACUUUUAUCCAUUUUCCUAUCGAUGAAAAUAUAUACCCUUCCCAUUUUUUUCUUAUAAACAAUUGCUAUGAUGAGCAUUUUGAACAUGAUUAUGGGCCUCUUCUUCACUCUUCAGCCUUUUCUUUCAGCUCUCUCCCGGUCACUCUAGAUGCAUGUCGUAACUAAAUUCCUUUCAUUUCCUCAACCGGGACGUGACUCACUGCCUCCUGACCUCCGUCUGCACAAGCCGCCCCCUCCCCUUCACUCACCACAUUCCUGUACAUCCUGUAUGUUCCAUCUCAGAUGCUACUUCACUGAGAUACCUUCUCUAAUACCCCCAAGUCUGGUUAGGUUUUCCUCCUACGCGUAUUCGUAGGCCCCUAUACUUCCCGUAUCAAAGUCCCCAUCACAUGUAUUUUAAUUGUUUGCUUAAAAGUCAGUGAGAGCAGGGAGACAGGAGAGAGGACCUACUUAGACAGAAAGCAUCUAGCACAGAACUUGGCAAAUAACAAGUGCUCAACGGAUGUUUUGAAUGAAUCAAUAAAGACUGAUAUAAAAACUCACUGUUUAGUCUUAAAAACCCAUUGUAUAUCAAUGUGUAUAUAUGUUUAAUAAACUAUUUCCACUCUUACUAUAAAGUGUGGAUUUAAUUAUUCUUAAUAAAAAUUUUUAGUUGUUUUUUCUAAGUCCUGAAUUUAAAAGCCUCUACACUGUGUUACUGUGAAGGUGCCUGGGCUCAUUUUUGAGUCACGUUUUAUAAUACUCAGAGUAGGUAAAACCAGAAAUGCUCUCACUCUUAAUGAGGCUCAUUUUUUAUUUGGCUAUUUGCACAUUACAGAAACUGCAAUGAGGCAAAAUCUGUUCAAUAUAUUGAAAGAUCUUUCUAAAAAUAAAAACCAUCCAAAAAAGGGAAGCCUUGAGAGUUAGCAAAUUCAUUGCUAGUGGGUCUGAAAUGGAAAAAUUUUUUUUCAGAGAUCUGUAUUACUUGAAACCCCAUGAUUUGAUGACUAAGUGGGCCAGAUGAAUUCCGAAGUCACUUAUAAUUCUCAGUGCCUAUAUUCUAUAAAAUAUUUAUGAGCCAUGAGUCAUUUUGUUCUCUCUCCUCCCCACUCCUGCCAGUGAUUGUAUCACAUUAACUUCAAGAACUUAUCCUUAUUUUUUCAUGAUUUGUAAUUUUCUAUGUUCUUAAAAAAAAAAAAAACCUGACUCUAGCACACAAUUAUUUUAAAUGACUAAAUUCUACUAAGUAUAUGCUGUAUUUCUUCAGAAAAAUGAGCAGGCGGACUUGUUGGAUGUGUAAGAAGUGCAGAGAUGGAUCUAAGAGGCCUCCUUCAAACCUUACUUUGGAAGAAGUGUUACAGUGGGCCCAGUCUUUUGAAAAGCUGAUGGCUACAAAAUAUGGCCCAGUGUUAUAUGCAGCAUACUUAAAAAUGGAGCACAGUGAUGAGAAUAUUAAAUUUUGGAUGGCAUGUGAAACCUAUAAGAAAAUUGCCUCACAGAGGAGCAGAAUUUCUAUGGCAAAGAAGCUUCAUAAGAUUUACAUCCAGCCGCAGUCCCCUAAAGAGAUUAACAUUGACAGCUCUACAAGAGAAACCAUCAUCAAGAAUAUUCAAGAACCCACUCAAACAUGUUUUGAAGAGGCUCAAAAAAUAGUGUAUAUGCAUAUGGAAAGGGAUUCCUACCCCAGGUUUCUGAAGUCACAAAUGUACCAACAACUUUUGAAGACUAUUCAGUCUAACAAUUCCUGAUUACCACUGGAAAGUUUAAAUUGAAGAUGAUAUAUUGAAACUACUGGCCUUGGUCUUUUAGUUUAGAAAAAUCAGAAGUAGGAAUAAAAUAGAAGAAAUCAAACUAUCAACUGAUCUUUAUUCCCAAAGAGACAUAGGUCUCAAAGGGGAUGGACUCUAGAACUCUUAUACUAUGGGGAUAACACAAUUUAAGGCAUACAUAUAUAAUCAGUUAAUGUAUAAGGAAAAAGAUCUUUCUUAAAGGCAACAUUAUGAAGCUUUUACUAUACCAGUCAACUAAUGGAUGCUUUCUUAUUAACAGAACUUUGCUCUCAUGACAUACUGAUCAUUUCUUUUAAAAAUUCUAGUUAUCUGAAUUAUGUCACUAGCAUGAAUGUAUUCUAUAAAAAAAAAUUUUAUAGAUAGGGUUAAUAACUUUAAUUAAUAGACAAACUUAGUCUCAUAGUACAAUCAAAUUGUAUUAUGUCAUGAGCAAUAUCAAAAAGAUGUGUUCCUGAGAAAUAUUUUAUCUGUAAAAUUUUCCCACUAUUAUGCUUAUAACUGAACUUCUAUAUCACAUAUAUAGACCAUGCGAGAAAAGUUCCUUAUGAUUCCAGGCAACUAAAAA